AUGCCCAACAACUUUGAUCGCCUGGAGAAGCUCUUCAGAAAGAGGGAUUUCUCCAUUGAGACAAACUCGUCAAUGCCCGAGUCGACUGGGUCCCGAAUCGCCUCUUUGGACCAAAGCUUCCCUCAACCGUCCUUCAUUCGCCCGCGCGUCUCUCGCAUGAAGGCCAGAGAGGAGCGCGUCAUUGCUGCCCAGAACGAGAAGCGUGCUCAAAGCCUGCCCGAAUCUCCGUCCGAGCGCGUAUCGAUACACGUCUCCCACCUGAGCACCUCCAGCAUGUCGGCCAUCACUCUCCCGGUCCGCUCCUUGUCACUCAGCCACCGAAGAGAGAGUCAGCCGAUCGCCAGUCUGCGCGGCUUUGACUUCCCUUGCCCCCCUUCAUCCCUUUCCCCGGCUUCGCCAUUCGGUACUGCGUCCACGCCCGGACUUUUGCCCCCAUCGUACAAGGUUUUCCCCGAGCACCGCCACAGCUCCUCUGUCAUCCAACCUCCCACCAGAUCCGACACCCCACCCUCUUCGGAUUACGAGGAUGACUCGAGUAUAAAGGGCUCCCAGAGCCGCCCGUCCUCUUCUCUCAGCAGAAACCUGCCGACCCCCGCAUCAUCACCGGAAAUGAAGCCCGUACGCGAUGGCCAGUCGAGAGACUUUGCCGACCUCAGUCUGGCCAAGAGAAAGGCAACCGCUGCCACAAUCCGACGAAGGAGAGAGGAGAAGGCGGCGGCGAUCCGUCGUUCUCAGGGUCACUCGAGAACCCCGCGGUCCAUUACCUCUGCAACUCAGAUCCUCAAAGGCGGAGACGUGACAGAUUUCUAUACCCUUUCCGACGAUGAUAUCCUCGAGGAGGAACCCGAGCUCGAGGGCGCCCUGGACUCGCCGAUAGUGGCACCCGCGCCUCUGCGCUUCCCGCCUUCCCCGCCAACCCCGUCAUCUACGUCCUCGUCUUUUCGCACCAAGCGAAGGACCUCGUCCAUUCACGUCGACGACGUUGCCAAGGAGGGCGCGCUUCAGGCCGCGCAGAUCGCAGCCAAGCACAAGUUUGACCUGGUUUACAUUGUGAACCUGUGGCCCGAGAGUACUUCGGAAUCAUCAUCGCCCACGUCUCGCCUGUCAAUGGACUUCUCUUCGUCGUCUGCUUCUUCCUCUGCUCCUUCUUCAAGACCGACCAGCAUGAGGACCUCGCUACUUGGCCCCAUGGACGGGCCAAUGGUGGAUUCGGCCCCGGGCAUGACCGGCCGCCUCCUUGCCGCCUACGGACUGUCCAACCUCACAAGCCCUUUCCGCAUCUCGGCAACUGUUCAGUCCAAGAUCUUGAAGCAGGAAGGAUGGAUGGAAUACCGCUGCGACGACGCGCAAGCCGGUGAAUUUGCGCGAGGUUACGGACACGCCUUCCACACCCACACAGGCCGCAGAAGCAUUUCGGGCUCUCGCAGCCCAGUCACUAGGGAUGUCUCUCAGAAUGACCACGGCAUCGUCUUCGCCGCCUAUCGCUACCCCAGCAAAGAUUCUCGUGCCGUUGGGUGUAGCAAGCAAGAACUCGAAGCACUGCGCGUGGAUGCCGAGGGACUUGUUGACUACCUAGUCGCCAUCCACAAGGCACGACGCCUUCGGGACCCCAUGACCCUACAGACGCUCAUUGACGAAGAUGCCACGAUUUCGUAG